GAAACGUAUAGGGGACGGUUGUACGCUUACUCGUUGCGCCCGAUAUUCACGCGGACAACUGGGUCACGAGGUCCGUACGCAUUUUACCAAACAAAAUAUUUUGUUCAGUGUUGUGAAUGAUUUUAGUGAUAGUGAGCUAAUUCUUUGUGGAAUAAGAAACUAGCGGCGCUUUUGAAGUGUACGUGAUGCGUGCGUGAGCGCAGCGCAUGACGUGCUACGAAACGUUGAGAGCUUCGGCACCCGCCGCAGACGCCCCCAUGGCGCACCACUUUGUCAAGUGGUGGCGCAACAAGUUUAGAAAUGGAUAUAAGAAAUUUAGUAUUGGUACUGAAGGCGAGCGAACUGACACCGAAGAAUUAGUUGGCAGAGCGGCAUCACAGUGCUCCGCGCCACCAGACCUUUUACCCAGUGAAGCAAGAGCUCUAUUGCAACCCACUACGCCGCCACCAAUACCUGCUCGUAAAUCGGAAAACUUUUCAAAAAAAUUACCACCGUCUGAAAAGCCUGCAGAUAACACAGACGAUAAGCAGCCUAGAUUAAGAUUUGAGGAAUUAACAUGCGAUGUAGAAUUAAAACAUCCAGAAUCAUCCAAACAGCAACCACUGCAGUUCUCUUUCACCCUUUAUGACCUCGACGGACACGGGCGAAUGACAAAAGAUGAUAUAGCCGGUAUAGUGUCUACAAUAUACGAGUCGAUAGGAAAAUCGGUCACGGUUCCGCAUUAUGGAUCCAAAACGAUACAAGUGCGUUUAACGGUUGUUCCGGAAGACGGGCGAAAACGUAGCCAUAGAGAAAGGAGAGAGGAACGGAGACGGCAUAGAAGAGAACAGUCGACUAAUACAAACGCUGCAACACCAGUGGAGUGUGUUGAGAACAGUGAGGAUGAACAUCAAGAUAGGCUAUCUAAUGACGAUGAUGCUUCCUCUAAAUCAUCAUGCUCGGGUGACCGUCAACCACCGCAAAGACCUGCACCAGUAUUAAGACAAAGGUACCACCGCCAUGCACGAAGAGAAGCUCGGGACAGAAAGCACGCAAAAAAAAGAUCGGGGAGUUUGCAACGUCGUGAAUUACUUGAAAUAAUACAGGCCAAUAUGGAGAAAAAUCAUCUGAGCUUUCAAGCAUCAAGAAAGCCCUAUCCUGAACCUGUUGCUAACGAAGAAGAAAUCGCGAAUAAAUAUCAAAAACUCAGAAAUAGAUCGUACACAGUGAGCGACAAGCCAUUAAAUUCUUAUCAAAAACAGAAACCUGAGUCCUCUAACAAUGGCUACUUAGAUUUAGCAUGCGGCGGUGACUCGAACUUGUGUAGAUAUGACCGCUAUUUGCACGCAGUCAUAUGUUCGUCGGCGCGGCACGCACACACGGGCUACCAUCAGAAGCAGACGCAGGCGGCGCGACACGCGCGACCUCCUCAUAACCUCAACUCCCGUUCCCGCUCCCACGACUUGCCCGCAAAACACUCCACAAAACAGCCGAGAGUGCUUCAAAUCAUAUUUUUAUAGAAUUCGAGUGUGGACAUGGUCGAUAUUCGACUCUGUCCUGCUUUAAUUAUAAGGUGGGAAAAGGAAUGGAAUGUGGUUACCAAGACUGUACUGAAAAACUAGAUCUACAUAUAAUGGGGAAGGUACAUAAAACUAAAUUAGAUUUUAAUUAAAUGGGAACUCGUACAUUUAGACUAUUUGAUUGUUAAGGGAUGCAUUAGGAUUACUUAUUUAUCAUUCCAUGCUUAGCAUAGUCAGAAUCAAAAUUUGUUUGAAUAGAAUAAUAGUAUCUGUCGUCAUGUAAAUAUUAAUAAGGUGCCUUUAACCCUUUAACCGCCCGACUUCAUAUCUGUUGGCGUGCCCCCAGCGCCCGGCACAGUGAAUCGAAACACACAAUACAAUUUUCUAAAAAUAAUGUUAGUAAUUCUUCUAACUUUGGACAUUAUUUUUAAGACUUCUAAUUAAGAGGCUAAAGUGUAUUAAACUGUAAACGAUUACUUAGUUAACUAUUUACCUAAUGUAAACAUAUUUUUGAUAGAAUACAGCGUAAUUAAAUAAAAAAGCUGAUAAAACGAUCAGUGUUAUUUUGGUCGUAAAUAUACGACUCAGGCGAAAUGGGCCCGAAAAUAUUUGUCGGAUUAAUUCGACCUAGGCGGUUAAAGGGUUAAAGAACAUAACUCAGUGUAGUAAAGGCGACGUAAAUGUGAAGUAUGUCUCAUUUCAAAUUGUGCCUUACUUUUUGACAACAAAAAUUAUUCACUCUCUUUCAACAAUAUAACAUUUUAAUACUAAUAAUUGUAUAUCAAUGCUCAUUAGAAAAUGAAGAGUAGGCGUUACUAAAAUAACUCAUUUAAAGAGUUACAGACUGAUUAUAGAAAUAAGUAUUAGGUGCUUGGAUUAAGGAGGUAUUUUAAAAAAAAAUACAAUUUAUGUUUGUAAAUACUAAACAGAGUACUUAACUGCUUGUAUUGUAUCGGUAGCAAUACUACUAAUAUUGUCGACAUUAUUAAUACUGGUGUUAUUUUAUUUUCGAGGUUGCAUUACCAUUAUCAGUAUUCAUUAUUUUAAGUUAUUUAAUGAAUCUCUAAAAUAUUUUAUCUACCUCUAAUUUUACUUUAUUAGUAAUAAUUUUUUUUUACAAAUAU